AUGACCAGGCCACUAGGAAACCGCCAGCUGGCCCGAGUGAAUAAAGUGACCGAAACCGUCAGCGACGGCAGUAUUGUCCCCGCCACAACCUCUCGCGAUAGGCCGACUGGCCCUUCGUGGCAGACAGGCACCGUUGAAAAGGAAGUUGCAGACACGGCACCAAUAUCGGACCAGUCGCCCCAAGCGAACGCACUCGAGGUUGUGCGUGCGACCCUGUCUCUAACAAGCCCUUCUUUGAUGCGAAACGCUCUGUACGGAAUGACCACAGACCACCAUUUCCUCUCUUGGCCGGCCUGGGCCAUCUAUUCCACCCUAGGCCAGCACGGCGAAAUGCAAGGCACAAGCUGCAGCGACUGUUGGGAGGAAGCAAAGUCGCCUCUAGAGUAUCUGGCUCUUCCAGAUUCGCUCCGGCCGUCUCCCCUGCAGCUCGCCAUGCCCCAUCAGCGCUGGAUCGACCGGUUCCCCUUUCCUCGGCUGCGGGACAACAUGAUCUUGCUAAGUGGUCUGAUUGAUCUGAACGAGUUCGUGCGAGACUUGUUUGGAAUGGCCAGCCUGAUUCUCCGACGGGAGGUCCACCGCGCGACGUGGGAUCCGGAGGCAUGGGCCAUGGGUGCGGAGUUCUCCUCGAAAUGGGGAUAUUUGUUCCAGUAA